AUGCUAUCGCUGCGAGUUGCCCCUUGGCUCGCCUUGUGCACAUAUGCCAUGGCAGCAGUCCACCACUUCGACUUCACCGCACAGUUGAUGAAAGCUAACCCAGAUGGUGAACAUGAAAGAGACGUCAUAGGAAUCAAUGGCCAAUGGCCGCCGCCAGCUAUCCGAGUGCAGAGAGGGGACCAGGUCCGCAUCAAUCUCACAAAUGCGAUGGAGGAUCGUAAUACCUCGUUGCAUUUCCAUGGGUUAUUCAUGAAGGGACAGAAUAGUAUGGAUGGCCCGGAGGGUGUGACGCAGUGUCCUAUUCCUCCAGGGUCAUCGUUUUUAUAUGAUUUUGUAGUAGAACAGUCCGGUACCUAUUGGUACCACUCGCAUCUGGGGGCACAGUAUAGUGAUGGCCUUCGUGGAGUGUUCGUUAUCGAAGAGUCUUCGAAGGACAAGUACCCAUUUGAGUUUGAUGAGGAUGUCACUUUGACGGUGGGCGAUCAUUACCACAUGGAAAGUGCGGAAAUCAUGCGCAAGUUCAAGUCUCGUUUCAAUCCGUCGGGAGCUGAGCCUAUCCCCCAAAAUGCAUUGUUUAACGAGUCCAGACUGGUGUCGUGGGAUGUCAAACCCGAUACCACAUAUUACUUGCGUAUAAUCAACAUGGGAAUGUUUGUUUCGCAGUACGUCUAUCUCGAAGACCACGAGUUUGUGAUUGUCGAGGUGGACGGAGUAUAUAUCGAGCCUGUCACCGUUAGCUCCUUGUACAUCAGUGUUGCACAGAGGUACGGUGUGCUUCUCAAGACAAAGAAACAGCCCAAGGAAAAGUCGUUCAGGUUCGUCAACAUUAUUGAUAGACCAAUGUUGGAUCUUGUCCCGGCUGAUCUCAAGCUCAUCUCAACGAAUUACAUGAACUACCCCGGAGCCGAGACGAAGCCCGCGCCAUUAUCGAACAAUAAGCAUAGCUUUGAUGACAUCGUGGAUUCCUUGACGCCCGCAGAUGACUUUACAUUCACCACCUUGAAAAAGAAGCCUUUGUACAACGAUGCUGACUAUCAAAUCGUACUCACUUUUUCCAUGGAGCAGCUUGGGGAUGGUGUCACUUAUGCUUUCUUCAACAACUUGACUUACACGCCUCCCAAGGUUCCGUCCUUGUACACUGUGUUUUCCAGUGGAGAUCUCGCAAGUAACUCUGCCAUUUACGGAUCAAACACCAACACAUUUGUGCUUCAGCGCGAUGAAAUUGUCGAGAUUGUUCUCAACAACAUGGACCCAGGUCUCCAUCCAUUUCAUCUUCACGGACAUACUUUCCAGCUCAUUUCUCGUUCCGAGGGUACCGAGGACGAGGAAAAUCCUCAGAUCUAUGACCCUUCUAAUCCCGAGCACACAAAAUUCCCUGCAUACCCAAUGAUGAGAGAUACCGUCAUGGUCAAUGCUAACGGAUUCAUUGUUUUACGAUUCAAAGCCAAUAACCCCGGUGUAUGGUUCUUCCACUGUCACGUGGAUUGGCACUUGGAACAAGGUUUGGCAAUCACUCUCGUCGAAGCACCUCAUGAGUUACAAGCUCAGCAAAAGAUAGGCCAUCCAAGUCAUUUGGAAGCUUGUAAAGCUGCAAAUGUUCCUACGCAGGGUAAUGCGGCUGGCCGUUCAGGAACAACAGAACAGUGGCUAGACCUCACGGGCGAGAACGUUCAAUUAGCUCCUUUGCCUGAAGGCUUUACAGCCAAGGGAUACAUUGCAUUUGUUGCCUGUACGCUUGCCGCCCUCUUUGGAAUCUAUUCAAUCUAUCAAUUCGGCAUAGAGGAUGUGAACACCGAUGACGCCGAGCAUGUUAUUCAACGGUUGUAUGAGGCUGUUAGGAAAUACGAAUCCGAGGAGCAGGAGGCCAUGUUGCGCCGCGAAGAUAACGAAAAUUAA